AUGUCAGCCGUCACUGAAGGUUUGCAACAUGCAAGAGAAUUGGUAAAACAAAAAAAAUAUCAAGAUGCUGAAACUAUCUAUUUAAAUCUAUUGAACUCAAACAAAUCUUUGGAUACAGACAACAGCAUUAAAUUAGACUCGGUAAGAAACGAAUUGGAAUCAGUGAUCCUGGAAUUGGGUGACAUCUACUCCGUCACCCACCAAAAGGAAAAAUUAAGAGAAUUCAUACCAAAUUCAACUGAAUACAUGUCAAUUUUGGCAAAAUCAAAAACUGCAAAAGUAUUGAAAACUCUAAUUGAAAAAUUUGAAAAAGUACCAGACUCAUUGGACGAUCAAAUUUACGUUUGUGAGAAAUCUAUAGAGUUCGCAGAAAAGGAAAAAAGAGUCUUCUUAAAACAUUCACUAGCUGUGAAAUUAGCAAAUUAUUAUUAUUUAAAGACAAAUUAUAAGAAAUCUUUAGAUCUGAUCAACAGCUUAUUGACAGAAUUCAAGAAAUUGGAUGAUAAACCUUCUCUAGUAGAUGUUCAUCUAUUGGAAUCAAAAGUUUACCAUAAGUUGAGAAACUUGGCAAAGGCAAAGGCAGCUUUGACAGCUUCUAGAACCGCAGCAAAUUCAAUCUAUUGUCCUACUGUAACAAUGGCUGAAUUGGAUUUGAUGAGUGGUAUAUUGCACUGUGAAGAUAAAGAUUAUAAAACCGCAUACUCUUAUUUCUUCGAGAGUUUCGAAAGUUUCCACAAUUUAUCCACACAUGAUUCCUACGAAAAGGCUUGUCAAUUAUUAAAAUAUAUGUUACUAUCAAAAAUUAUGCUGAAUCUAAUAGACGAAGUAAACACAAUCCUAAACGCAAAAUACACCAAAGAAACUUAUCAAUCUCGUGGUAUAGACGCGAUGAAGGCUAUUGCAGAAGCUUAUAAUAAUAGAUCCCUAUUGGAAUUUAAUACCGCCAUAAAGAAUUAUAACAAGGAGCUGAUGACAGAUGAACUAACAAGAUCCCAUUUUAAUGCAUUAUAUGACACUUUAUUAGAAUCAAAUUUGUGUAAAAUUAUUGAACCAUUUGAAUGUGUGGAAAUUUCUCAUAUUUCAAAAAUGAUAGGGUUGGAAGCCGAGCAAGUAGAAGGUAAAUUAUCUCAAAUGAUUUUAGAUAAAAUCUUUUAUGGUGUCUUGGAUCAAGGUAAUGGUUGGUUAUACGUUUACGCAACUCCAAACAAAGAUGCCACUUAUGAUUCUGCAUUAGAAUUGACUACAGAAUUAAAUAAAGUAGUUGAUCAAUUAUUUGAAAAAGCUAGCGUAUUGUACUAG